GCCUAUUAACCCUCUUUUCUUCCUCUCGAGCGGCCACCUUCUCUAAUAAAAUCUCCACUUCUGCUUCUUCUUCUUCUUCUUCUUCCUCUUCGCCCCUUUUAUAAAACGGCCCAAUCCUUCUCUUGUGGCUUUCUUUUCUUCUCUCUCCGACCCUUCUUCGCUCCCAUCGUUCGUUCCUCUGUCUCCCUCACUCCACCCGGCCCUAUCUAUCUUUCUCUCUCUUGUAUUUCCGCGUUUCGUUGCUGCCCCAAUCUCAUCGUCACAGAUUCGCUCUUCGAUCCCCCAACUGGUAAGUCUUCUCUCCCCUUCUCGUUACUAAGCCCUAAUUUGCCGCAGUCCUCGCUCUUCGAUCGACAACAACGACGGGGAUCCCUAAUUUCUCUUCUCCGGUGAGCGAAGCUCUUUUCCUCCCGGGUCGUUGAUACCCGCUGCGUUUGACUUGUUCGGUCGAGAUUUCCCGUUCUGCAUGUCUGAUUCUAGAUUAGGAUUUUUUUUUUCCCGCUCGGGUCUGUAGAUAAUCUGGGUGAAAUUCUGAUAGCAAGCCUUAUCUGGAUUUUAUUAUCUCUUGCUUCUCCGUGUGCCGAUAGUUUUUGUUCCGCUAAAAUUCUUAAUCUCGAUCUACAAUUUUGCCGUGACGGUCGUUGAUGGGUACUCUGGAUUUUUCUUUGUUCGUGUUUCCUUGUUUAGUGAGGUGUGAUGUAUUGAGUGAGUGUUGAGUUCCCAGGGUUUGAUUGUCAUGAUCUGUUUUGGGAAUCACGAGUCUGGGAUGUGAUCAGAUUGAUGGGGAUAUCUCUAGGGUUUUCUCGUUGUGGGGGGUCUUCUGUGCGAGUGAGACUUGUACAUAGUGUGACUUUAGGAAGGUGAAUGUAGUAUACGUGAAAUGCCUAAAUUGAGGGUUGAUUGAGUUUUACUGUCUAAUGGCAGCACUAAGAAGAGGAAUUACCGAAUUUCAGAGAAUUCUGUGCAUCUUACUCGUGUAAAUGGGGUUUUUGGAGCAGAUUACUUACACGUUGCCAGUUUUUCACUUAGAGCUUUUUUCUUUGUGAUCUAGGUAACCAUGAGUGACGAGGGAGAGAAGACCUGCCCACUCUGCGCCGAGGAGAUGGAUCUGACUGAUCAGCAGUUGAAGCCUUGCAAAUGUGGCUAUGAGAUAUGUGUUUGGUGUUGGCAUCACAUAAUGGACAUGGCUGAGAAGGAUGACUCAGACGGUCGGUGUCCUGCAUGCCGCACGCCAUAUGACAAGGAGAAGAUAGUAGGGACUGGACCGAAUGAGAGAUUGGUAGCUGAAUUCCAAGAGCGGAAGAAGUCACAUAAGUCAAAGUCGAAACCAUCUGACGGGAGGAAGCAGCUCAGCAGUGUGCGGGUGAUCCAACGGAACCUUGUCUAUGUAGUUGGGCUACCUAUGAACUUUGCAGAUGAGGAUCUACUCCAGCGACGAGAAUAUUUUGGUCAGUACGGGAAAGUGUUGAAGGUAUCAAUGUCGCGGACAGCAGCGGGAGUCAUUCAGCAGUUUCCUAAUAAUACUUGUAGUGUAUAUAUUACUUACGGAAAGGAGGAUGAAGCAAUUCGUUGUAUUCAAUCAGUACAUGGAUACAUGUUGGAUGGUAGACCAUUGAAGGCAUGCUUUGGAACCACAAAGUACUGUCAUGCUUGGUUAAGAAAUGUGCCCUGCACCAAUCCUGAUUGUCUAUACUUGCAUGAGGUUGGAUCUCAAGAAGAUAGUUUUACAAAAGAUGAGAUAAUCUCAGAGUAUACAAGGAGUAGGGUGCAACAGAUCACUGGCGCCACCAGUAAUUUGGUUCGACGUGCAGGGAAUAUGUUGCCACCUCCAUCCGAUGAAUAUUCUUACAACACUUCGGCCUCUGCUGCAAGACCCAUCGUAAAAAAUGCAGUAAAUAGUGCAAUGGGUAGUAGUGGCAAGAGUUCGCCACCUAAUGGGAGCUGUAGUAGAUCUGGUGCUCUUCCAGCUGCGGCUUCAUGGGGAAUGCGCUCUUCUAACCAGCCACAAAAUCUAACAUUUUCAAAUGGCCCUCCUGUGCUGAAGCCUGAUACAGCUGCCAGCACUGUUGGAUUUUCAUCAGCUUCAAUUCAGUUUUCUGCAUCACUUGGUGGUACAGUGAAAAAGACCAGUUGGAAUGAAGAUAGUCAACCAAUAAUAAGUAAAUGCAAACCCGAUUUAUUAGGACCUAUGAAACGGUUGCCUGCUAGUGACUCCCCUCCCAUUGUGCCUGAGAAAGCAUCUUUAUAUGAUACCAGUGCGAAUAUUCACUUAACUAAAGACUGGGGAACAGCUGAGGUCUCAAGUGUGAAAAGUUCUCUUAUGUCCCCUCAGUCCUCAAGUCAUGAGCAAGAUGAGCUUGCUAUUGCAGAUGAGAAGAUUCCGGGUUCAUGUUCUGAAAUGUCUUCAAUAAGGAUUGGUGGAAAUGAUACCUCAGGGGCAAUGAGUAGAACUGGCAGCGUGUUUCCAGAGAACAGUGUGUUCAAAUCUCCUAGUGGUCAGCAACAAUAUGUUGAGCAAUGUGGAGGCUCUUUAGCUUCUCCAGCAAGUGAGCCUGCUGCUAAUGGGGUAUAUAAUUCUAGAGGAGAAAAAGAUUGGAGAAUGGAUCCACAGACUGAAGCAGUUCCAAGCAGCGAAUGUGAGCUGGAAGAAGAUGUAUUAUCAUUUGAUAAUCAGAGACUGACGGAUCCAGAGGUUGUCAGCCGUUCAUUGUAUUUGCCAAGUUCAGUGAACUCUCUCCAGACAGCAAACAGUUCCUGGUCUCAUUCUUUGCAGCAUACCGAUGCUUUAGCUACUGUUGAUGCAAAUGCUGAUUCUUUAUUCUUAGAUCAUAGAAUUGGUGAUCGUCCAAUGAGACACAUGCCUAGCAAUGCUGCCUUUCCAAAUGGAUACACUGAAACAUUGAUGAAUAGUUCUACUGGGUUGAGUAGACUUGCAGAACAAACUCUUUUCCCUCCUGGCCAAGAUGAACGGGAGCACUUGGGAAGAAUGCAAAGUGACGGUGAUGGUAAUGUGAUUCUAGAUGCUGGAGAGAGUAGCAUAAUUUCAAAUAUACUAUCUCUAGAUCUGGAUGGAUGGGAUGAAUCAAUAACUUCCCCGCAAAAUAUGGCUAAACUAUUGGGUGAUACAGAUAAACAAACUAGUUCUCUGAAGAUGUCUAAUUCCUGGAAAGCUCAAAGUAACGGGCAGUCUAGGUUUUCUUUUGCUAGGCAGGAGGAAUCAAGGAACCAUGCAUUUGAUAUUGAUCCGUCCUUUAUUGGGCUUGGACAAAUGCCAAGGAAUCAUUCAUUCAAUCAUGAUCUCCUGGAAAAUAGAAAUUCAUAUUUGGAUAAGCAUGGGUUGAGUAAUGGUUUCUCAUCAAGUAAUAUGGACGAUUCAGAAUCCUCUCUUGGUGGCAAUUCAGCUUUCUCUUCCAGUAAGCCUUCCGUUUUGCGAUCUCAAAUUUCGGCCCCACCUGGGUUUUCAGUGCCUAACAGAGCACCGCCACCAGGCUUCUCUUCUCAUGAGAGGGUGGAGCAGACUUUUGACAGCAUCUCAGGAAAUCAUUUGUUCGACUCGUCUUCCUUGCUUAGAAGCUCAUACAAGGCUCCAAUGAGUGGAAGCAUGGGAAGCACAGCUGACAUUGAAUUCAUAGAUCCUGCAAUUUUAGCUGUUGGCAAGGGGAGACCUCAAGGGGCUUUUAGUAAUAAUAAUAGCCCUGGUUUAGACAUGAGAUCAAACUUUCCACUACAGUAUAGCAGUUUUGAGAAUGAGGCCAGACUACAGCAACUAAUCAUGGAAAGAUCUCUUCCUCAACAACAACAGAACCUACGAUAUGGUGACCUUGCGGAUAACUUCUCUUCUUCACUCGCUGACUCUUAUGGCCUUUCUUCAAGGAUGGUGGAUCAGUCUCAACUGAACAACUUGUCCCCCUUUGCACAACUGUCCGUCCCACAAUCUAGGAGUAAUGGACUUGUGUCAAAUGGGCACUGGGGGGAUGGCUGGAAUGAGGUUCAGGGUGGUGGGAACAAUUUGGGUAUGGCAGACCUACUCAGGAGUGAGAGACUGGGCCAGUUCAACAAUUUCUACACCUCUGGGUACGAAGAUUCAAAAUUCCGGAUGCCUAGCUCUGGUGACUUUUACAACAGGACGUUUGAGAUGUGAAGCAGUAGUGAGAACAUAUGAAGAUGUUUUGCCUGGCUAGCACAUGGCUGAGAGGUGUAGAGGGGGGAGAUGGAUAAGAUGAUCUGCUUAACAACUACGUGGCCGUUGUACUGAAGGAUUGGACUCUACAGCUUUGACAUGUUUGGGUCUUAACUGGGCAGCCUUAUGAAGGACCAAAAGCUCCCGACCCGAGGUCUAGAAGGCAGCAGGUGUGAUAUGAAUGAAUGCCCUCUUAGGGGAAAGAUUUUGCCCUUUGCUCCCUGCAAUCCCACGAAACUGCUCUAUCAUCUAAGCAGUAUUCAUUGUGCUUUUUCUUUUCGUCGCAGGUCAUGUAAGCUUGUGGAGAAGAACAUCAUUGCUGUAGUUGAUUUGGUGCCUUGAAGCGGCAGGGGGUGCGUGCAUACUACUACCUAGAGAAGUUGGGGCAAAGGUUGUUAACCUUAUAGAGUUGUUGACUGUCCCUUCUUUUCUCCAGAGUCUUGGUUCUGUUUCUUUUUUCCUGUGAUGAGUUUAAAUAGGAAUGUAUUUGGUUGAUUUCUCCGUCUGGGUCGCCAACUGAAUAUAGAGUUUGACUUGUGGAAGAGGCUAGUCUCCCUGUCUUCCCCACUCUCCCUGGUCUCCAUUUGUACGCUUUUGACUGCCUUCCCGAUUAUUGUUACUAACUGCAAGUAUUAGAUACAAAAGUGGGGGAAAAAGAUGUUUCAACUUGCAACCCUCUCGAGUUCCAGCUUCUGCAUCGUCUUACUGCUUGAAUCUGUUGUCUGGAUGCUGUGGGUGGUCUCUCGGCCGAUUCAUGUUGGAAGUUCAUAAUAGCUAAAUCUCCAACUUGAUUGUCUGAAGUAUGUUGGAAUCGAACUCUAUUAUCCAAAGAUAGAUAGAGCCAACUUCGCAAUCGAGAAGCUUUAGGUUGGUCACCAUUGAUUUUAUGCAACGGUGAUGUUUGCGCAUGUAUAACAUCAUGUAUUUAUACACAGGAAAACUAAUAGUGAUAACCUUGAACGAAUUAGACGAUAAUUUCUAGUAAAAUCUAAUGGUAAUAAUGUUACAGUGUAGUU